CCGCCAACACUCAGAGGUGAUGAAUUUUGCCGUGGGCUUCAAGUCUCUGGCGGGCGACACGCAGACCAUGGACAACCUGGAGAAGCAGCUGAUUUGCCCCAUCUGCCUGGAGAUGUUCACCAAACCCGUGGUGAUCCUGCCGUGCCAACACAACCUGUGCCGCAAGUGUGCCAACGACAUCUUCCAGGCCUCCAACCCCCUGUGGCAGUCUCGUGGCUCCAGCACUGUGUCGUCGGGGGGACGCUUCCGUUGUCCAUCAUGCCGCCAUGAGGUGGUCCUGGACCGGCAUGGCGUUUACGGGCUUCAGAGGAACCUCCUGGUGGAAAAUAUUAUAGACAUUUACAAGCAGGAGUCGUCCAGGCCCCUGAACACCAAAUCUGAGCAGCACCUGAUGUGCGAGGAGCACGAGGACGAGAAGAUCAACAUCUACUGCCUGAGCUGUGAGACCCCGACCUGCUCCAUGUGCAAAGUGUUCGGGGCCCACAAGGACUGCGAGGUGGCCCCUCUGUCCAGCAUCUACAAGAGGCAGAAGAGUGAUCUCAGUGAUGGGAUUGCGAUGCUUGUUGCCGGAAAUGACCGGAUUCAGGCGAUUAUCACCCAGAUGGAGGAGAUCUGCAAGAGCAUAGAGGAUAACAGCCGCAGACAGAAGCAGCUCCUGAGCCAGAAGUUUGACUCUCUGUACAACAUCCUGGAGGAGAGGAAGAAGGAGCUCCUGCAGAGCAUCGCACGGCAGCAGGAGGAGAAGCUGCAGAGCGUUCGUGGUCAGAUCCGCAAACACGGGGACCACCUGGAGGUCACCUCAAAACUGGUGGAAACCUCCAUCCAGUCCAUGGAGGAGCCUCAGAUGGCCGUCUUCCUGCAGCACGCCAAGGAGCUGAUAAAAAAGAUCACCGAUAUGUCCAAAGUGUCCACCAUAGAUCGGCCAGAACCCGGCUAUGAGAACAUGGACCACUUCAGUGUCAACGUGGAUCACGUGUCGGAGAUGCUGAGGACGAUCGACUUCCACACAGGUGCACCCGGCGAAGAAGAGGAGGAUUCACUGGAAACAGAGGAAGGUGAAACGGUUCUGGAAGAAGAGAGACCAGAACCUGCAGACGACGUGGGGUCCAGACAGAAGAUGCCUCAACAUGUUCACUGAAGCCCGGAGGCCACGUGUCCCACCAGCGGCCGGCAGAGACCCUCACCUGCUCGCCCCUCCAGAGAGCGCAACGCCCCAAACGACUCAUUACCCCCCCGCUGAGACCUGUCAUUAAUAUUAUGCACAAUAAAUAAUCACAUCAAA